AUGGCCGCAACCACGGGAAGCCUGCCAAGCGGACUGGCGAUAUGCGUGACGUUACCGGAUUUGUUGUAUCUGCCCGAACUGGUGACGGGCGGACUGGUAUGGAUCCUGGUGGCGUCCACCCACGUGGAGCCCCCAAACCCUCUGGCCUGGGUGAUGUUCGUCUCCGUCUUCUGCUUCGUCAUGACCCUCCUCUGGGUGAUCCUCUUCAUCGCCGGAUGUCACAGGAACGCCUCCGCGUGGGCCGCGGCUGAUUUUGCCUAUCACGCGAUAGCCGCUUUGUUCUACCUCAGCGCUGGAGUCGACUUAGCCUUCAUCACCUUUCUGAUGCAACCAGGAGACUUCAGACUCUACCAGAUUGACAUCGCGGCUGUGGUAUUUGCCUUCACAGCCACGCUGCUCUACUUUAUUCACGCCGUCCUGUCGUCCCUGCGGUGGAAACACUUCUGA